AUGAUAUUUAAUUCAGCCUGCUUUUUAAUCUCUUCAUUCAAUAAUCUAUUGGAACAACAGACACUCACUGAUAGAUUCUUAUUUCUCUCUCUCUAUUUCCCUCUCUCUGUUUUCCUCUUUGAUUCUCUCUCUCUCUCUCUAUCUCUCUCUCUCUCUGUUCUCCCACUCUUUGUUUCUCUUUUUCUUUUCUUUGUUUCUACCUCUGUUUUUCAAUCAUUGUUUUCUGUCUUGUUCCUCUCUCUCUUUCUCUGUUUUCCUAUCUCUCUAUGUGUUUUACUGUUUCUCCCAGUGUUUUCCUCUCUCUCUUUCUCUGUGUUCCCCCCCUCUCUCUCUGUGUUUUACUGUAUUUUUCCAUGUUUUCCUCUCUCUCUCUCUCCCCUCUCUCUGUCUGUGUUUUUCUCUCUCUCUCUCUCUGUGUUUUCCUCUCUCUCUCUCUUUCUCUCUGUUUCUUGCUCCCUCUGUUAUUUUCUCUUUUGUUUCUAG